GCUUUUCUUUUGAAAAAAAAAAAAAAAAAAGUUAAAAUCACGUUCUUCAGUUUUCUUUGGAAUGAAGCUCUCUCAAAUCUUUUUUAAGAGAAGCGUGUGAUGAAGCACGAGAAAAAAAGGAAAACAAAUACAGUAAGCGUGGGAAAAGUAAGCAAAAUCCAGAUGAUAAUGGCACAAUUUUUGCAUUACCCCUAGACAUGGUAUCCUUUACAAACUUUGGAAUAUUGGGUAAAUUUGUUUUCGAGGACACAACAUUUUUUUUUGGCCCAUUUGCCAAUCCUUAAUCUCGUUUGCAUGUGUAGAUGGACUGUUUUAAUGUUUGGAGUUUGGCUUUGCAUGACAUUUUCCAUUUUGCAAACAUGCCCUGGCAACCGGGAGGUGCAGAAUGAUAAGAUUAGUGCCCUUGUCUUCUUUCAGGUGUCGUGAGAAGCAGAGAAAAGAGUCUUCCAGGCUUCAGGCUGUUAAUAGAAAGUUGACUGCGAUGAAUAAGCUUUUGAUGGAGGAAAAUGAGCGCCUUCAGAAGCAGGUCACGCAGCUGGUUCAUGAGAAUGCAUACAUGCGACAACAACUACGGAAUGCUUCCCUGGCUAAUGACACAAGCUGUGAAUCAGUUGUGACCACUCCUCAAAAUUCUCUAAGAGAUCCAAGUAAUCCUGCUGGACUCCUGUCCAUUGCUGAGGAGACCUUGGCAGAGUUCCUUUCAAAGGCUACAGGGACUGCUGUCGAUUGGGUCCAGAUGCCUGGGAUGAAGCCUGGUCCGGAUUCGAUUGGGAUCGUUGCUAUUUCACAUAGUGGCAGUGGGGUGGCAGCACGAGCCUGUGGUCUAGUGAGUUUAGAGCCUGCAAAGGUAAGGUUACCGUUUCUGGACUGGCAAUAAAAAAUCCUGUGUCAG